GUCGCUCGCCUUGUUGUCUGCUCGUAGUCCAGCAGACCUUUGUAUCCUUGCACUACUCCUCUCAUUGAACUACUAAACACACAGUGACCAUGGGUCUCAACUACUACGCUUCGUCGCCCACCGUGGUGCUCCCUCCUCAGCAAGCACACGGCUACUUCGCUCCCCAUCAACGCGCCCACUUGCCGGGCACUUACCGCCCGAGGUACCCGACCCCACCCUCGCUCAACUAUCAAGCCUCGCCUGUAUCAAAUGCCAAAGCUGGGCGAAAACGUUCCAUUACCGACGUCGACGAUCCCGAGGAGAACCGCCCAGUCGGCGCAGUUGUCACGCAACAGCCCGUGAAGCCUAAGCCAGAACCUGUCUAUGGUCCGGGUAUGACCCUCAUCUACCCCGGCGAGCCUGGCUACACAAUGGCCGCCGAGUCGCAAUCCGGCACGUGGUACGAAGAGAAGAUUGAAAAAGAAGAGAAGGCGCAGCCCGUCCGACCCAUCGCUGUAUCGCGCAAGUCGCAGCGCAUGGACUCUGCUACCGACAUUGUCGUUCCGUCACUCAAUGACAUGGCCAUGGACGCGCAGAGGACCGACGCCAUCGUCGACGAGAACGGCACAACCCUCAACACGCUCAUGUCGUCGCUCGGCGUGGGCUGGAAGAACGUCAUCACCAACCCAUCACUACGCGAUGCUGCGCGCGCCUAUUCACGCGUCAUUGAGAAUCACUUCGACCUCACUGACGCCGUCAUCCUGCUGGAGAAGGAGUCGCUCUCAGCCUACCUUGUACGUGCAAAGCAACACGGCGUGCAGGGCUUCUGGCUCUUUUCCGACAGCCUCCAGUGGGGCCAGCUCGUCGGCUGGUCUCUCCAGCGCACAGUGCAGAACCUUAUGGCCGGUCCUAUCCCUCAAGUCGAAGGCGAGCGCAUCAACGCGCGCCAGCGCACCCCAUCGGAGCCCUCCACGCCGCCCUCACAGGUUCCCGCACGGGCGGCUGACGCCGACGCGAUGGAGAUGUGAUGCAUCCGUGAUCUACAGUUUCACCGCCAUCUACUUGCUUCUUUUUCUUCAUCUUCCUUCAUGUACGGCACCAUCAUCUAUGAUUCAUCGGUAUUCUGCGCACUACGCUGCCUCGGUCUCGGAAUGGCCUUCCUGGGGAAAUUCGGCGUUCGGU